CCUCUCUGCAAGACGCAUUUUUGUAGUACGGAAGCGUGCGUUACUUGUCGACAUGGCGGAGGUGGAAAUCGAGGAAUUCAUUGAACAAAACAGGCAUUUGGCCACGCUUGUAGAUACAUAUCGUGGCAUCUCAGAGAGUGAAAAACACUGGAAGGCCAGGAGGGAAUUCCUAUUCAGAAAUAUAAACGACUUUGAGGACCCACACAUUGACCAGCUGCUAGCAUUGUCCAUGGUAUGGGCCAACAACGUGUUUCUUGGCUGUCGAUACAGUCCAGACCUCCUGGAGAAAAUGAAGGAAAUGGCUGAAGGAAUUGUGGUAGAGAAUGCCCCUGUUUUCAAAACCAGAGAUGAGAUAAUGAAAAAACAGAAAUGAUGAUUGGAGGACCUGGUCUGUUAUGGAUGGAUCACCUUACUGUCCAACUUUCCUUUUACCAGAUGCAUAGGAUUUUAAAAUGUUGUUUUCUUAACAUGCAAGCUUAUUGUUUUUUAAUUGGGUAUUAUAACAAAUGUAACAUAAGCAAUAACUUCUGAAACAUUUUAUACAUUAAAAUAAUUGUAGUUGA